AGACUGUCGAAAUACAAGAUUUAAUCAUGCAGUUGAUUGCUUUUAAAAAUCUUGUAAUGCGCAAUAAAAUCAAUGAUCGUUGUAGACGUAAUCGUAUGGGCCCACAAUCUCACACUUGUGAUGGAUCACGUAACAUUGACACUGAUGCAGAUAAAAUUAUAUCUAAUGGCACUUCAAAAAUUCGUAAUGAGAAGAUCCCUUUGCCAUUUUUGGUGAUAUCUACUCACAGGAAAACUGUCAUUGAUUGCAAUAUUUCUACUGAUAAGUUGGAAUAUUUAUUCAAUUUCGAUCAAGCCUACGAGAUACGUGAUGAAGUAGAUACCUUAAAACGCAUGGGUUUAAUGCUUCGCCUUGGUACUAUUCAUUGUACACAGGAGGAGUAUAAUCAAUGCUUGGAGUUGGUACCACCAUCUCUACGAUUUUAUGUAGAGGCCAUUUACGAACGACGUCAGGCCAUUGUACCAGACUUUGAAGCCCUUCAUCAACAAAGAAGAUUAUUUGUUGAAGCUAGAUUAGCUGCUGCAGCUGCAGCCGGUCACACAGAUGAAGGUGGUGACACUAUGGGAUCUGGUGGUCAUGGAGGGUCAGUUAACGUGCAUCAGCAGUUAGAUCAUUCUUUACGGGGUAAUCAGCGAUCACCGCUUGAUACCAACUCUCAUUAUACAAGCUUGUUCGAUACAGGAAACACAAGCGUCAAUGAAGGUGGUUUGCGGCAAGUUUAUUUAAAUCGAAGUCCAGAUGAUGAAGAUAGUGGUCAUAUUCCUGGAUCCGUUUCUAAUAGUGGGUUUGUGCCUGGCGAUACUCAGCAUUAUGCUCGAGCAGCGGCAUCUCGUGGUUAUGUUGUACCAGGUGGUCCAGGUGGGCUUUUACGCCAUCGACAGCAUACUCCAACCUCCGGAGUCUCAAGCAUUUUAAACCGUCAGUUUAGAGGUGAUGAAACCUCUCGUAUGACUUCAUCGACCUUGGUCAGAACCUUAAUUAGUGAUAGUCGUGAAAUGGCUUCUUCCGUAAUCGGUGUUAACAGUGAGCACCCAAUGGCUCAUAGUGAUGAUACAAAUGAUGAAUUAGUGGAUCCUGACGAAAUUAUUGGAGAUCAUGGUGAUGAUGAAGACGAAGAUGAGGACGAUGACGACAUGGAAGAUGUUUAAAUCUUCAUGCUAAGACUUAGAGACGAUAUUUUGCAAUAAUAAUUUGUUUCUAUCAAUUACAUCUGUAUAUUACAUAAUUUUGUACAUCAGAUUCUUCUCUUGAUCAUAAAAAAAUCCAUAUUAAAAAUUAAACAAAUAAGGUUUCAAGAUUUCUUAUGAAUUAAGUGUAUAAUUAUAUGUUUAUUGUUUUAUUUAUUUCUUACUGACUGACUGUUUGUGUUCAUUUUGAUGUAUUUUGCAGUCUAUGGGUAAACAUACCUUCAUAGCUUUUUUUUUGUUCACAUGUUCAUUUUUUUCUUAUUUCCCCUUAAAUUAGUGUUUCAUUCACUUAUAAUAAAAUUUUUGUAUAGUAUAUUGUUUUCUAUUCAAUAUAAAUUGAGUUUAAUCCUAACCAGUUUCAUAAAUGAAUUAGGUGCCUUUAUUGAAAACUUUGUCCGUUAUAACGAAGCUUCAAUACUUCACUUUGUAUUUUUGUGUCUGGCUGUUAAUUUAACAGUUAAUUUUCUCGUUUUUCAAAUAGAUGGAAACCCAUUUUUAUAUAUACAAUGAAUUUCUUCAGUAUCUCUCCUUAAUGGGAUUCUAGCAGAAUUAAUAACUAUUUUUCCAAAAUCUUUAUUACACCACCCAUCAUUCGCAUUGCUGACAUUCUUAAUCAGCUUUUAGUCCUAAAACCCCAUUAUAAUAAUCAGUUCCACAUCAUUUUAUUAAUUCUGUUGUACAUGUUGAUCACUAUCGUGUUGAGAAACAUUUUCAGUUUGGUUUGGUACGGAUAGAAAUGAACCCUUC